ACGGGAAAAGUAGAACAACAAUAUUCUGGUGUAAAUAUGCUGCACUAGAUAGCUGUAGAAACGAUUGUUUAAGAUCCUAUGUAGUGGACUUAUACAUGAGACUGUGUUUGGGCUCGCUGGGGUUGUUUGUUGUUGUUUUGUAAAGUGCCCAUAGGUAGCAGACACGCACCUGUGACAUGUGCAGACAUGCUGCGCUCUCUCACAGUGUCCCUGAUGUUUUGCCGGCGGGCCCAACAGCUCCCCAGGAUGCAUUGCUCCUCCAUCAGGCAGGUUGAGAACACAUCUGCCGUUGAUGCACUUUACAACCUGUCAGUCGACAUCUCGAAGAUCCGAAAGCUCAAGGGCUGGGUGUUGUACCAGAGCCCAGUUUAUGUGAUGGAGACUGUGGCCAUGCUGAGAAACUUGGGAGCCAGAGACACGCUGAUUGCUCAAGUGCUUGAACACCACCCAGAGGCAAUCCUCUGCCCACCUGAACAUUUGGAGGCUCAAAAGGAACUGUGGAUGUCCAUCUGUGCCAGCCACAGCCAUCUAGUUGGGAUCAUUGAAAAGUUUCCAGCCUCAUUUUUCACCUCAUCAUGCCAUAUUGACCACCAAAGGGCCAAUGUCACGUUCUUCCAGAACGUGGGCCUUAAUAAACGUGUCAUUGCUAAGCUGAUGGCGAGCGCCCCGCAAAACUUCACAAGACCUGUUGAGCAGAACGAGGAGAUGGUCCAAGCCCUUCAGAAGACAUACUUGGAACUAGGAGGAAGUGAGGUCAAUAUGAAGGUCUGGCUGCAGAAGCUGCUCAGUCAGAACCCAUACGUGCUCAUGAAGUCUCCAGAAACCAUGAGGAAUAACUUCAACUUCCUGCAUAAACAGGGCUUCACCAGCAGUGAGCUCCUUCAGCUUCUCUCCAGACUUAAAGGCUUUGUCACAGAGCUUCACCCAGAAUCAAUGGGUCUUUCUUUGAGUUACUCGCAGGAAACGCUGGCCUGCAGUGAUGCUGAGCUACGACAGAUCGUGCUGCAGUGCCCAGCAUUGCUGUACUACUCUGUACCCAUUUUGACAGACAGAUUCAAAUGCCUUCUCGGUGCUGGAAUUAGCCUGCAGCAGAUCAUGCAGACACCCACCGUCCUGGAACUGACCACACAGAUUGUCCAGUAUCGCAUUCAGAAGCUGCGUUCUUAUGGUCAUGAUAUUAAGACAGGGAGCCUGGAGCUCCUCAAUGGCACUAAGAAAGACUUUGAAAUGAACUGUGGAAAAUUGCUUCUGAGGCGAGAGCGUCCACUCUUUAACCCAGUAGCACCUCUAAGGACAGACGAGUGAGAUUUCCUGUUGUGAAAUGGUGCUAUAAGCUUCUAAUCAGAAUCUCAAGGUUAACUCUGUUUAUUGUCCUGCUGAAUAACACAGCUAUGUAGGUGUAAUUACAGAGAUUAUGAUUAAAUAAUUAUGACUCCUUA